AAAACAGAACUAUAUUAGAUUAACUAGUUAUAGAGAAGGAGAGAAAGAAAGCAGCAGCUUAAAAUAAAGACCAAUAAAAGAUCAAUAAACUGGACCCUCUGUCUACAUAUAUUAUGCUUUCACAAUAAAGCUUUGAUCUUUACUGCUUCUUACUUGCUUUUUAGUCAUUAGCGUCUAGUUCUCAUUUGGUUUUUGCUCCAGAAGAAGACUUUGGUUUCUUGAGGUGAAAAGUUUCAUCAAGAAUGGUCUGAAAGUUGUUUGCAUGGCGAGUCAAGGAAUUGGAGAGACUGGUUUAACAGAUUCAGGGCCAUCACACCACCACAAUAUGCCAUAUGCAGUUUUUAGAGGGCUAAAUCCUGCUAGCUCAAGCUUCAUGUACCAUUCUACUCCCAAUAAUCAAGAAGGACCCGGUUUUGAUUUUGGAGAGCUAGAAGAAGCUUUUGUACUGCAAGGAUUUAAGAUCAGUAAUGAUGAAGCUAAAGCAUCUUUAUAUGCAGCAGCCACAGGGAAGCCUGCUGCAACACUGGAGAUGUUCCCGUCUUGGCCUAUGAGAUUCCAACAGACCCCAAGAGAAAACUCAAAAUCAAGAGAAGAGAGUACUGAUUCAGGUUCACUUUCAAGUAGAGCUCAACCCCAUUUUGAGCCAGAAUCUCCCAUCAGUAGAAAGGCCCUUGAACAGCAAGAACAACAACAGCAACAGCAACCACUUCAAGAUAUGGCAAGUCAUAAUCCAACAACUGAACUAGUUUCCAAGUCCAACAGUGAAAAGAAAAAGGGUGCUGCUUCAACCUCAGAGAGGAUACUUGAUGCUAAGACAUUGAGACGUUUAGCUCAAAAUAGAGAAGCAGCAAAGAAAAGCAGGAUAAGAAAAAAGGCUUAUGUACAACAACUAGAAACAAGUAGGAUAAGACUUUCUCAGCUAGAACAAGAACUUCAAAGGGCUAGCUCUCAGGGGAUUUUCUUGGGAGGUGGUACUGCUGCUGGUUCCAAUAUCAGCUCUGGUGCUGCAAUAUUUGACAUGGAAUAUUCGAGGUGGUUGGAGGAUGAUCAGAGGCACAUGUCCGAGCUUCGAACUGCAUUGCAAGCACAUUUAUCAGAUGGUGAUCUUAGAUUAAUAGUUGAUGGUUACGUAGCUCAUUACGAUGAAAUUUUCAGCCUGAAGGGAGUCGCAGCAAAAACUGAUGUGUUUCACCUAAUCACUGGAAUGUGGAAAACUCCAGCUGAACGCUGCUUCCUUUGGAUGGGUGGCUUUAGGCCCUCUGAACUUAUCAAGGUGUUGAUUGGACAAUUGGACCCUUUAACAGAGCAACAAGUAGUUGGAAUUUAUAGCCUCCAACAAUCUUCUCAACAGGCAGAGGAAGCCCUUUCACAGGGACUGGAACAACUCCAACAAUCUUUAAUUGAUACUGUUGCCACUGCUUCUCUCAAUGAUGGCAUGCAUCAUAUGGCUCUUGCAUUGGGCAAACUUUCCAAUCUUGAAGGAUUUGUUCGUCAGGCCGAUAAUUUGAGACAACAAACGUUGCAUCAAUUACACAGAAUAUUGACGGUUAGGCAAGCAGCCAGAUGUUUCUUGGUGAUUGGAGAAUAUUAUGGUCGACUUCGUGCUCUAAGUUCUCUAUGGGUAUCUCGUCCACGAGAGACACUGAUCGCGGAUGAUAGUUCUUGUCAAACAACAACGGGGUUACAAAUGGUACAAUCCUCUCAGAACCACUUCUCAAAUUUUUGAUCAUAUCAUUCUUAGCCAGAUAAAUGUCUAGUUGAUGAUGAUCAAAUUGUAUUUCUGAGAACUACCAACUUAGACGAGUAGAAUUUUCCUUUUUUCUUUUUUACCUUUAUUCUUUUAUGCUGUUAGGUUCCUGGUAUCUCCAUGUUAUUAUUAUCUUGUAAAUGUAAGGAAUUAAGGUUAUGUGCGUGAGGAAGUUACCUUUGAGGGUCAUUUGGUUGAAAAUCAAGUUAUUCUAGGAUGAUUAUCAGAAUUAUAAUUUUGAGAUUAUAACCAGAAUUAUCUAUUCCACGUGGAAAA